CAGUCAGUAGCUCUGCUUUCUUUCCACGGAUAGGACUGCGCCGCCAGUCCAUAGCACGCAAAUCAUGAAACAUGUGGAGCGGAUUUUCGACGAACUUGGACAUUUUAAAAGAUUUCAGGCGUGUUUGUAUUUUGGUGCCGUGUUCCAGUCCAUUGCUUGCGGGAUCCAUUACCUGGCGUCCGUCUUCCUCGUGGAGACGCCAAAGUUCCUCUGCGCAUCUCCCGGCAACAUCACUGGCGUUCUCUAUGGCAACCACAGCGGCGCAGUCCUGGAGGAUAUCUGGCCGUACUACAACCGGGGUGACGGCACGGUGGUGGUGCAGACCGCCGGCGGGGAGCAGUGGGAGCUGAACCAGUGCAGGAGGGCGCUGCGGAUUAACAGCACCGCGUUCGAGUACCUGUUCGACGGCAAUAAGACGGUGCAGUCCUGCAUGGGGAACUUCGUCUUUGACCGAAGCGGCGUGGAGCAGAGCAUCGUGACGGACUGGGCGCUGGUGUGCGAGAGGGAGUGGCUAGCCAAGCUCUGCCAGCCCAUCUUUAUGGUGGGGGUGCUUCUCGGAGCCGUCCUCUUUGGAGACAUCGCCGACAGAGUUGGGAGACGACCAGUUAUGAUGUUGACCAGCGUGUGCCAGUUUGUGUUUGGAGUCAGCGUUGCCUUCUCGGGAAACUAUUACAUCUUCAUGGUCCUGCGGUUUCUUCUGGCCAUGGUGUCCAGCGGGUACCUGGUGGCCGUCUUCGUCUACGUGACCGAGUUCACCGGGAUCAAAGUCCGCGUCUGGACCUCCAUGCACGUGCACGCGGCCUUCGCCGUGGGCGUGAUGGUGGUGGCCCUGGUGGGCUACCUGGUGCGCGUCUGGUGGAUCUACCAGAUCAUCCUCAGCCUCUCCACCGUGCCCUUCCUGCUGUUCUGCUGGUCGUUCCCCGAGACGCCCUUCUACCUGCUCACCAAGGGCCGCUACGCGGAGGCGCAGGACCUGCUGGACUCCAUCGCCCGCUUCAACGGCCUGCCCGCCACCCUGAGGGUGGCCGACCUCAUGGACUCCGACGCGGACGCGGCGCUGGUCAAGGCCCCCGGGCCGCCCGCGGAGAAGCCCGCGGAGAGGAAGUACAGCAUCCUGGACCUGUUCUGCACCUGGAGGAUGGCCUGCCGGACACUCAUCGUGUGGUCGGUCUGGUUCAUCGGGAGCCUGGGGUAUUACGUGUUCUCGCUGGGCUCCGUCAACCUGGGCGGAAACCAGUACAUCAACCUAUUCCUGGCAGGCGCCGUGGAGCUGCCCUCGUACCUGGUUGGCUGCUUCGCCAUGGAGAGGGUGGGGCGGAAGAAGACGUGCUCCCCUUCCCUCAUCCUCGCCGGGGUGGUCUGCAUGCUCAUCAUCGUCGUCCCGAAGGACAUGGAGCUGCUGGUGGUGGUUCUCAGCAUGACCGGGAAGUUUGCUGUUGCCAUAGCGUUCGGCCUGAUAUACCUCUACAGUUGUGAGCUAUACCCCACCAUCAUAAGGUCUCUGGCGGUCGGCACCGGGAGCAUGAUGUGCCGUGUUGGGAGUGUGGUGGCGCCGUUCUGCGUUUACCUGGCCGACAUCUGGGUCUACAUGCCACAGGUGAUCGUGGGCGUGCUGGCGUUUUUGAUCGGCAUUCUGACUCUGUGGCUCCCGGAGACGCUGGGCAAGCCCCUGACCAACACGCUGGAGGAGGCAGCGGCCCUGGACUCCCCCCGGCAGGAGGAGGCCCGUCCCGGGGAGAAGAUGGAGCUCCAGCCGGCGGUCCAGAACGGCGCCAACGCAGACCAGCCCAAGGUCUGAGGGACAGGGGCCCGGAGACGCCAUCUUACCCCACUUUCACGUCACGGAGAAAAGAGCAUUCCUUGCGUUGAAGAGCGGAAUUUCUGUCAUUGCCAGAUCCUGCUUUUGUUUUUGUUUAGUUUUUGGAUGCGUUUCUUGGAAUCCGAGGACCGGGGAGUGAGCUUUUUUUUUUGCGCACCCCAACUUCACUGGACGUCUCGACAGGAGGCUGUGCAGAGAGAGAGAGAGAGAGAGACAUUUUAAUGGACAUGAAGCAGGAUGGCGACUCAUCGGGGUGGGCAGGCCUUUAAGGUGCUGUGUGUGCGUGUGUGUGUGUGUGUGUGUGUGUGUUUGUGUGUACAUAGUCAGAGAGAAAGAGAGAGAGAGAAAGUAUGUUUUGGUAUUACAUUACAUUAUUACACUAUUACACUAUCAGACAGAUGUGAUUCUAGUCACAAUUACUGAUUCACUUUUAAAAUGCUGAAUUAACAGAAAUCUCACACUACCUGCAUUCUGUUUUUCUAAGCAAAGCAUAGAUCCUGCUGGGACUGGAUUGAAAUCCAAGCGAUAUCAUGAUUUACAAUUCCUGAAAUAUGUUGUAUUCUCCGCUCGAUAAGUCCAUGAUAAGCCAUUUGGGUGAAAGAAAUAACAUUUAGUUCCGUCUCAGUGGUAACCAAUCCUGUUCACUCCAACUCUUAACGAAGCACACGCAAUGGAGCAGCUAUCUUCUGUAACUCUUCAUUUUACAGCGCAUUAAUAACCUAGUAUUUUACUGUAUAAACACCAGGUUCUUAUUAGGAAAGGAUUUUGUUUUCAGAGGUAAGUACUGUGAAACAGGCUGUAAAAUGUACUUACCUAGCUCUUACAUGGCACUUAAUGAGUUUGCUUCAUAGUACUUACCACAAGUAAUCAAAGCACUUACCUAAUAAUUCACAAGUAGCUGUGUACUUACCCUGUAACUACUCGGUAAUGAACAGGCUGUAAAAUAAAGCGUUACCCUAUCUCAUAGCUAGAGCCAGACAGAAGAUAGUUACUGUAGCUAGGAGAUCUUGUUGAGCUGCUAGUUAGUAUUAGAGUCAGGUGUGCCCAACUAGGGUUGAAAUGAAGAGCUACAGGAUGGUAGAACGGGGCUGGGAACCAUUGCUGUAGCUAGGUGCUCCACAUCGGUGGUGGUUGAGGUCACUUUCCCCCUCAUCAAUGUAAGUGCUUUCAGUGUCUAGAAAAGCGCUAUAUGAAUCUAUCUAUCCAUCAAUCCAUCUACCUAUGUAUCUAUCUAUCCACCUAUCUUUCUAUCUACUCUAUAUCCUGGUAUCUCAGGGCUUCAGUUCACCUGUCUCCUUCUCUAACAACUUGAGUACAUUUUUUUGCAGUUCUUUAUUUAAAAAACGAAUACCUAAAACAGGUAGAAUUUUAAAAACCCGUUUAAGGUAUUCGCACAAGGUAUUUUCAAAGGUCCCAUAUUGUGGAAAGCAACAUUUCCCUUGCUAUUUGGAUUACGAAGGAGUUGUAGGUGCUCUUAAAACCCUGUGAAAGAACGAAAACGCACAGCCCGCAAAGAAAUGCAACCAAUCCGUAUUAUCCAGAUAUCCUGUUAAACAAGCUGUUUAGCCUUCUGUAAUUGUACGACGUCGCAACCAGACGCCGUCCGCCUUCAGCACGGCCGACCUUGGGCCAAUCCAGGAAUUGGCACAGACGCCGUUCAGACUGUUGCGGAGCUAACCAGCUACAGGUCGGAAGGGUCGCUCACAAACAGUUAGGCAAUCGGAACGUUGAUAUUAAUAAGCCUUAAAGACACAGUCGCUAAAACAGCCUGUUCCUGGUAAAGCUCAUGAGAGGCACCAGAGACUGGAGGUAAAACUUGUUGUAGGUACUUAAAAAAGACAGACAUGUCUUGUUAUGGAUAUCAGGGCCUAAAAUUAAAUACUGGAAAGGUGUAAAAUAUGGGCUCUUUAAAAGACAUAUGAUCCCCUUGAAAACAUUUUGUUGCUAAACACAUUUUUAUAUGUUGCACAUGUCAGUAAUUUAAGCUUACUUCAGUGCUGCUCGGUGCUGGUUUGUCUACAUCCCUGAGGUGAAACCAGCUGCCUGGUGAAGUUGUUUAUCAAAAAAUAGAACAAUUAAAUGGCAGAAUAUGCUCCAACAAAUGCUAAAAUGUUAACUUCCAGAUUCUGGAAAAAACUCAAUGAAAUGUAUGACUUGGAAUAAAUAAGGCAUCAUUUUCAAAAACA